UCCCGUCUAGGCUGCCACAUAACCUGGAGGAGAGUUCCCUGUGCUCCACAGGUCUAUCCAUUUUAAAUACAGCAGUUGAACCCAUUUUCUGAGGCUCCCACUCACACUUGGAAACUAAUUCACCUAACUGGUUUUUCUUUCUGGGUUAUUUCCUCCCUUACAGAGUGUUCUGCUUUCUGAACUGCAGCUGGAAAUAUGCUGGGGAAUUUUUUAAGAAGGAGUAUAUUACUUGGGAUUAGAGUUGAAAUCACAGCAUAGUUAUCUUCCAUCUUUAUUUUUACCAUAAUGUUUUUAUGUGUCAACAGUUGAGAGGUCUUUCUGACCCAUUGAGAUUUGCUAGCCCUACUUUAGAACAGGAAACUCUUAAAAGAAUAAACACAAGGUUGGUGGGACUAAGUAUGUCUGCAUGUAAGGAGUGGUGCUGGAGGCUCAAAUAUUGGUAUCUCUUGACCAAAGACUUCUCUGAAUAUGUUUUCCAAAAAUGAUUAUUAAUGGGAACUGAGGGUUACUUUUACUUUGCCACAUAGCCUCUUCUGAAUUGGUAGAUCUGGAUUCCAGGUUCAACUCAGUCCCCACUAGCUGUGUAGCCUUAAGCAUGUAUUUUUAAAACAUUUUAUUUAUUUAUUCUUGGCUGCGCUGGGUCUUCAUUGCUGCACGUGGGCUUUCUCUAGUUGCGGAGAGCUGGGGCUACUCUCUAGUUGCAGUGGGAGGGCUUCUCAUUGCGGUGGCUCCUUCUGUUGUGGAGCAUGGAUUCUAGGGUGCAAGGGCUUCAGUAGCUGCAUCACAUGGACUCAGCAGUUGUGGCUUGAGGGCUUCAUUGCUCCACAGCUUGUGGAAUCCUCUCAGACCAGGGAUCAAACCACGGUCCCCUGCAUUGGUAGGCGUGGAUUCUUAACCACGUCCAGGGACAUCCUGCCUUAAGUAGAUUACUCAACAUUUCUGAGCCUUAGUUGGCUCCACUAGCAAAAUAAGACCAAUGUCAACUUCACAGAGUUGUCUGAGAUAAAAGGUGAAGGCAUCUAGGCAUAUCUUUAUGAUUUGAAGAAUGAAUAGCAGAGCUGCCUCCUCAACAUUUUAGUGUGAAAACUUUUCAACAUUUCUAGAGUUUAAAGAAUUUUAUAGUAAGACUUCUCUGGUGGUGCAGUGGUUAAAAUCCACUUUGCCAACCAGGGAACUCCCGGUUAAUCCAUGGUCGAGCAACUAAGCCAGAGCGCUGUAACUACUGAGCCCAGGAGCCACAACUAGAGAGUCUAGGCACUGCAAAGAAAGAUCCUGAAUGAAGCAAUGAAGAUCUCACACGCCGCAACCAAGACUCAACACAGACAAAUAAAGGAAGAAUUUUAUGGUUAACACUCACAUGUUCAUCAUGGUGUGGUUGUGCCCAUGACACAGGCAGGAUCUUAGUUUCCCAACCAGGGAUCCAACCUGGGCCCCCUUGCAUUAGGAGCAGGAAGUCUUAACCAGUGCACCACCAGGGAAGUCAUUGUAUUAAUUUUUAAAAGCCAUGCAUAUUAAUUAUUUCGGAAAAACUUGAACCGAAAUUUAGGGUGGGAAGGUGCUCAAGAGGGAGAUUAUAUAUAUAUUUAUGGCUGAUAGCCCUUAUUGCACAGCAAAACCCAACACAUUAUAACGCAAUUUUCCUCCAAUUAAACACACACACACAGAUAAUUUAAAACUUCCUAAUUCCAGCUUCACCAAGCACCUUCCCAAGUCGAGUCGGAGUCGGGUGGGCGCCGCGGCGGGGAAGAGAGUAAACCUGUACGAGGUCUCUACCUCGGCGACCCCGGGUUAGGACAGGUGUGUGCGUCUUUCCGCAGGAGCCAGGACCCGCUUCCGGAUCCGCGGUCGGGAGGUGUUGGGGCCGUUGGGACACAGUCCAGGACCCAACAAACGCCGAGGUCCUUGGUGGGUUCCACAUCCGGCUCAUCGAAACUUCCGGGCGAAAACGCCCCCCAAACCCCGGUCUCGCGGCUCAGCCGCUUCCUGCUGUCGCGGCCAAUCACCCGUCGCCGCGCGACGCGGGCAGGGAGAGUGCUAGAAGGCCCGGGGCCUUCCAUCUUUCUUGAAGGCAAGAAAACUACCCUUUGCCUUCCAGUCCCUUACAAGUCCACCUGCAGAGCCAUUGUAUUUAAGGGCAAGUGAAAGAUGAGAAGCCAGACGGACGCCAUGUUUGAUACGGUCAAAGGACGGGGCCCUUAAAGGCAGACAGAAUUGAAGCCACGGUGUCGCCAUAUUUUCUGGAGGCACCUUCCGGGUCUCUUAACUCUGGUGUCUGUGUCCAAGCUGCCAUGAAGUGAAUAAACACCGAGGCGGUCUAUUUGUCCCCAUCAGAAUCCCGAAUCCCAGCCCUGCUCCUUCGGUUCCCUUGGCUGCGUACGGAAGCCGAGGCUGGGCGGGGCCUCGGGCUUGGGAGCCCUUCUUGUGGACGACGAGAGCUGAGGCCGGGCGCGGGGACCAGGCGGCCGCUGCUCGGGGCUGGGAGGCCCCAUGGCGCCGCCCCCGGCCCCGCUCCUGGUGCUGAGACCGGGGGAGACCGGGCCUGGUUGCAAGAAGCCCUUGGCCGUGAGGUUCGCGGACGUGGCCGUGUACUUCUCCCCGGAGGAGUGGGGGUGUCUGCGGCCCGCGCAGAGGGCCCUGUACCGGGACGUGAUGCGGGAGACCUACGGCCACCUGGGCGCGCUCGGAUUCCCAGGCCCCAAACCAGCCCUCAUCUCUUGGAUGGAACAGGAGAGUGAGGCUUGGAGCCCCGCCGCCCAGGAUCCUGAGGAGGGGGAAAGCCUGGGAGGAGCUCUGAGAGGAGCUACCCCCAACAAAAAGGAAGAGGAACCUGAAGCAGGACUAGGAGCCAAAGCACCGAGAAAGGCUCCUGGGAAGGAGAGGCCUGAGGAGCUGGUUAAACACAACCCUGGCACGACCAUCAGCAAAACCUCAGCCAGAGCACAGCCACCCAGACAAGCUGUCUGGGACCAGGGUGCAGGUGCUCAGCCCCCGGCCCCUGUACCCAGCGCGGAUGCUCAGGCCAGCCAGCGGCGCCACGUGUGUGCAGACUGCGGCCGGCGCUUCACCUACCCCUCGCUGCUGGUCAGCCACCGGCGCAUGCACUCGGGUGAACGGCCGUUCCCCUGCCCCGAGUGUGGCAUGCGCUUCAAGAGGAAGUUCGCCGUGGAAGCUCACCAGUGGAUCCACCGUUCCUGCUCUGGGGGGCGGCGGGGCCGGAGGCCUGGGAUCCGGGCUGUGCCUCGGGCCCCGGUCCGAGGUGACCGGGACCCUCCGGUGCUAUUCCGGCACUACCCGGACAUCUUUGAGGAGUGCGGGUCGCGGGAAGCGUGCAGUCACCCAGCGAUGGGCCAGCCACGAAACCUAACGUCUGAAAUCACUGCGCGGAGCGGGUCGGAGUCGGGGCUGGAGGUCGCUGCUCCAAGUCUGGGCGGGGCCACGGCGAGGCCUCCAGCGCGGCGGGCGCGGGGACCGGCAGGGGAAGCCCGGCCGCCGCGCCGGAGAACGCCUCCCCCACUGCCCGGGCCGGUGGCGGCGCCUUCCCGGGCGCCUGUAGCCGCCGCGGCCAUGUUGGCUGAGGGCUCGAAGACAAAGCCACCUGGAGACAGCAGGGUGGCGUCAUACGGGCACGAUGGCGCGGGAGCGAAAUGCGGGUGGCGCCGGCCCGCCGCCCGGAUGGCAUUUACGAUGGCGCCGCCCCCGGCCCCGCUCCCCGCGCGGGAACCUAACGGGGUCAGGCCCCAGGGGGGGACAUCCGAGCCCGUGAGCUUCGCGGACGUGGCCGUGUACUUCUCCCCGGAGGAGUGGGGGUGUCUGCGGCCCGCGCAGAGGGCCCUGUACCGGGACGUGAUGCGGGAGACCUAUGGCCACCUGGGCGCGCUUGGCUUCCGAGGCACCAAGCCAGCCCUCAUCUCCUGGGUGGAGGAAGAGGCAGAACUGUGGCGUCCAGAUGCCGGGCCUCCUGAGAUGGGAGAAUGUCUUACAGAAGCAGACACAGUUUCCGGAAAUCAGGCAGAAAAAGGACAAAGAGGAGGGAGGCAAGCACUGGGGAAGAUUCCUUCUGUGGACACUCAGCUUCCCGGGCUGACGGCUCUCAAACCCCUCUCUGCUGGCUUUCCUUAUGGUUGGCAGCAGCCACCGAAGGUGCCUCGCCGGGGUCGCCCGCCACUCUCUGCCCACCCUCCAGUCCCCAGAGCCGACCGGCGGCAUGGCUGCUACGUGUGCGGGAAGAGUUUCGCCUGGCGCUCCACCCUGGUGGAGCAUCUCUACACCCACACGGGCGAGAAGCCCUUUGCCUGCCCGGACUGUGGCAAGGGCUUCAGCCAGGCGUCCUCUCUGAGCAAGCACCGGGCCAUCCACCGUGGGGAACGGCCCCACCGCUGCCCGGACUGCGGCCGGGCCUUCACGCAGCGCUCGGCGCUCACCACCCACCUCCGGGUCCACACGGGCGAGAAGCCCUACCGCUGCACCGACUGCGGCCGCUGCUUCAGCCAGAGCUCCGCCCUCUACCAGCACCAGCGGGUUCACAGCGGGGAGACCCCCUUCCCCUGCCCGCACUGUGGCCGAGCCUUUGCCCAUGCCUCCGACCUCCGGCGCCACGUGCGCACCCACACCGGCGAGAAGCCCUACCCGUGCCCAGACUGCGGGCGCUGCUUCCGGCAGAGCUCGGAGAUGGCCGCCCACCGGCGCACCCACAGCGGCGAGCGCCCCUACGCCUGUCCUCAGUGUGGCAGGGGCUUUGGCCAGAAGUCAGCCAUGGCCAAGCACCAGUGGGUCCAUCGUCCAGGGGCGGGGGUGCGCAGGGGCGGGGGUGCAGGUGGGCUGCCUGUGCCCCUGGCCUCUGCCCGAGGGGACCUGGAUCCCCCCGUGGGCUUCCAGCAUUACCCAGAGAUAUUCCAGGAGUGUGGGUGAUGGCUUCAUGGGUGACAAGGCCAAGGGUGAAGAUGUAAACAUUGUCUGAGGCCCAAGAUGGCCUCAGGGGCCUCAAACUCAGGCAACUCCAGGGAGGUCACAAAAUUCCCAGAGGCCGCUGGACCUGGGGGUGGGAGGUGAGGACCAUUUUAUCUUAGGCCUUCACUAGUUUCAUCUGCUGAGACCUUGUCCCCUGUGGUCCCAGACUCUAGAGCCCCCUUUGUUGAGUCAGGGCUGAGGUAAGAACCCCCACUAGACUUCCACUCUGGGAAAGGCUGUUUCUCAGCUUAGGUGUAAGAGGACUGAGGUGGAGAAUUUUGUUUUAUCCACUGAUUUGACUGGAGAAGUUAAAAACUGAUGGCCAGGUACUGAAUCUGGUCUCCCAGCAGCCUUUUACAAUACAUGUAUUUUUAGACCAGCCAGCAUUUUUCAGUGUUAUGAAUUAUUUGUUAAGAUGUAAAAAUCAGGCUAUUUCACACAAAAAAACAAGUUUCUGGCCUUUUGAAAAAAAUCCAAAGAUUUGGCGGCUUGAUCUGAGCUCCCACAAAACCACCGUUGUCAGGAGCUUAGAGGCCCCUUUGAAUGGAGCCCAGGCUCUUCAGUUCAGCCCACCUGCCAACUCAGCACUUCCUGACCAGGGUCAGCUGCCACUUGUCAUGGCUGUUUCUGGCAAAGCAGGCCCUCUCCAUCUGGCAUUUUCUACUCAUUUACAUGACCUGUUGGACUCCUGUAGUCACUUUUUAAACAAUAUAUAUUUUUAAUACAUAAAAAUAUGUAUUUAUUUAUUUGGCUGGUCUUAGUGGUCUUAGGAUCUAGUUCCCCAACCAGGGAUCGAACCCGAGCCUGCUACAUUGAGAGCACUGAGUCUUAGCCACUGAAUUGCCAGGGAUGCCCCCUCCUGUAUUCAUUUGAGUUUACAAACUAUAGUCUCUGGCAUUCAGUUGUUUUUGAAUCAGGGAUUCAGGUAGAGAGCACAUUUGUGAAAGGGCAGCAGGAAAGAAGUAAAAGCAGGCUUUUCUGUUAGAUCUUGGCUCAUAUUGCAUUUUACGGUUUACAAAGGACUGUCUCGUCCAUCAACUCAACUCACCCUCAUAAUUGCCUCUGGAAGGAAGCAUCUGCUUGGAGAGGACAGGUCAUCAGGAAGAGGCAGUUAGGACUGAAUGUUUUCAAUAUUUAUUUGGCUGCAUUGGGUCUAGUUGUGGCACACGAGCUCAGUAGUUGGGGGUGCAGGUUUAGUUGCCCUGUGGUAUGUAGGAUCUUUGUUCCCAGGCCUGGGAUUGAACCUGCAUCCUCUCCAUUGGAAGGUGGAUUCUUAACCAGUAGACCACCAGGGAAGUUCCAGGACUGAAUCUGUUGCCCCAAACAAGUGGUGGCUCCACCUCGGCACCCCUCAGCUGACCUGCACUUCCUGUUUCUGAAGGAGAAGGACCCAAGAGCCCCUGUGAUGUGUUGGAUCUUUGUUCCCUUCUUGGGCCUCCCUGGGAGAGCCCUAUGGCUUAGGCUUUGCCACUUUAGGCUGAGAUAGGAAGGCCUCAUUACAUUUUUUUUUAAAUGGCUUUAUUUCAUUUAAUCUUUUGCUCUCUGGCAUGUAGGAUCUUUGUUCCCUGAGCAGAGAUCAAACCUGUGCCCCUUGCAUAGGAAGCACAGAGCCUUAACCACUGAACCACCAGGGAAGUCCCUCAUCACAUUUUUGAACUGAAAGAGAUCUGAGGCUUUCCAUCCUUUUGCAGCUGGGGACACAGACUGGGAAAGACUGAGUAACCUGCCCACGAUCUCACACAGGGCAAGAGACGCUAGGAUUCUGGGUUUCCUUCUGUCUUCACACCACUCCUGAGUUCCUUGUCAGUGUCUCAGCCAGGGUUCUGGAGGCAUCUCCCAGACAGGGACAGAGCAGCCCAGUGUUAGUGAAGCCCAGGUACAGGAUGAGUGACAAAGCCACCAAGGCAAGGGAAAAACCGGCCUGAGAGGAGAGUUCCAGGGCCAACAGAAUCAAACCUUGCAUCUUCACUCUCUAGGAUCUCCGUCACCAGCAAAGGGGGACCAGAACAGGAACAUUUGGGAUCAGCAGCCAGAGGGAACUGUGCUUGUCUAUAUUCCCAAGCUCUGCACAGAAUCCCUCCCCCAUCACCCUGCGACUCCAUUAUUCAUCUUCCACUCAUUUCUUUGUGGUCAGAGUCCAGCAUUGCCCAGGUGAUGGAAGCAGCCAGCCAUGGACAGACAGACUCUUUCCUGCCACUGGUCAGGACAACCUUUCACCUCAAGUAGGAUUAGCAAGGGCCUAUGUCCUCGGUUGCCUUCUGACAACUCAGCCCUGUGUCUGGCCUAACUUAGGAAGAAACCAGAUUUGUCAGCCUAAAGGAAUUAAUAAAGGAAGAGCUUGAAAAUUUGGGGAAAAGACUGUUUAGGUAAACUGAUGAACUGACUUGAUUCCAACCUAAUUGGCCCCACCAAGACCUCUCUUAGCCUUAAGUUCACUGGGAGAAUCUGCCAACUGUCACAAGGGAGAUGUGGGAGUGAGGAGAGGCACCUUGGCAGUAGUAGCUACCUUUUAAUCCCCUAAAGAAGCCAUCCUUCUGCCCUUCAGCACUGCCUGAGGAACACACAGCCUGCAAUACCAGUUCUCAGCUCAGCCUCAAAGCCAGAUCUAGACCCUGCCCUGAGCUUGCAAAUUUACAGUAUUGUAAUUACUA